GUUACCGUUAGUGGAAAUUUUGCCCAAUCAAAUCACGCCGGCGGGAGUGCGGACGCUCCGUUUGCCCAUGUGCUUGAUGCACUAAGCAGUAACCUUCAAGAGAAGCUAGUGAAAACCAUAGCUGUCCAAUAUGCAGGCGGCAAUGAACAUCACAACUAAAUACUGUCAGAAGGAGCUGGAGGAAUAUGGCUCGUGCGUUGCCUCCAAUCCAACGUCAUGGCAAGAGAAGUGUCAAGACCUGAAACUGAAGGUUGCACAGUGUACUUCAUCACAUCCAGUAAUAAGAAAAAUACGAACAGAUUGUGCUAAUGAGUUUUCAACAUUUGAACGCUGUCUGCGAGAAAACCAGAGCUCGGCUGAAACAUGCCAACCUCAUGUCACCCGCUUCUUGGCCUGCGCAGAGACCGUGGACCUUUCAGGAGUAGCAAACAUUGUGCCUCAGCCCACGUAGAUGCCAGCCUUUUGUCACUGUUUCAUCUAAUGAAGACAAAACACAGGUGUUUUUAUACUUUAAUACAGGAGGGAAAUGGGUUAUGGAAAUUAUUAUUAUUUUUGAAGAAUUGCGACACAAAGAAACAAGGACAAACAGACCUCAAUUAUUUGCACACAUAGUUUGAAGCCGUUGCGAAGUUCUUACUUUGAACUUUUCCAACUAUUUAUGAAAUAAAUCAUCAAAAAAAAAAAAAGUUGCAAUGACAUUAAACCUGUGAAGAUGCAAUAAAAUGUGCUCAUUUCUAUUUUUAGCUGUAAAGCUUCAUCUGUCCUUCUGAAGAUGUUUUCUAUUGCAACAUUUUACCAAAGAGCAGGGGCCUCAUGUAUAAAACUGUGCGUAGGAUCCUUACUAAAAGUCUACGUACGCACAAAAGCCAAAAAUGGCAUACACCAAAAAUUAUGAAGACUUCUAAAACAAAGAAAUGUUCCCUUUAUAAAUCGCAGAUCACCUGCAAGUGUGCGUACAUGAAUCAUCCUAAUAUCCAAUAGGUUGAAUUUAUUUUUACAGUUUACACCAAUAUGUCACUAAGAAAGCAUUUCUUAGAUCAUUUCUCUUUGAGAUACCAAUACAAAUGUAUUUCCAAUAAAAAAGUCUUACUGGAUAAGUCAAAGCUGCUUAAAAGGGACAUAUCAUGAAAAUCUGACUCCAUGUUUAAGUGCUAUAAUUGUGUCCCCAGUGCUUCUAUCAAAAUAGAAAAUGCGAAAAAGAUCAACCAAGUAACUUAGUUUUGGUAAACCAUUCUCCACAAGCAUGAGAAAAAAUAGGUAAUUAAAAUUUGGCUCCCUGUGUGAUGUCAGAAGGGGAUAAAAAUCUUCACUUACCAACCACAGCACUGCCAUUUAGUGCAGAGAUCAACUCAUUUACAUUUUAAAGGACACACCCAAAAAACGGCACAUUUUUGCUCAUACCUACAAAGUGGCAAUUUGAACAUGUUACAUUAUCUACACUAGUAUUUUAAGCUGAAACUUCACUUACUUACUCUGGGGACUCCAAAGAUUUAUUUUACAUCUUAAAAAAAGUCUUGUGAAAUGUCCCCUGUAAAAACUUCUUAAUUAAAAAAAUAUAGUUCAUAUCAAUAAAGUUCAUAAACUUAAAUCAUUUCACUUUAAGGAAAAAUUUAACGUGAAAAAAACUUGUUCAAUUUAAAACCUAAAACAAAUAAGUUUAUAAACUUAAAUCUUCUCACUUUAGGAGCAAAUCAAAGGUGAAAAACUAUGUUAAUUAGUAAAAACUAAAAACAUUAAGUUUAUAAACUUAAAUCUUCUCACUUUAAGAGAAAAUUAAAGGUGAAAAAACUACUUCAAUUAGUAAAACCUAAAACAAAUAAGUUUAUAAACGUAAAUCUUCUCACUUUAGGAGCAAAUCAAAGGUGAAAAACUAUGUUAAUUAGUAAAAAUUAAAAAACAUUAAGUUUAUAAACUUAAAUCUUCUCACUUUAAGAGAAAAUUAAAGGUGAAAAAACUACUUCAAUUAGUAAAACCUAAAACAAAUAAGUUUAUAAACUUAAAUCUUCUCACUUUAGGAGCAAAUCAAAGGUGAAAAACUAUGUUAAUUAGUAAAAACUAAAAACAUUAAGUUUAUAAACUUAAAUCUUCUCACUUUAAGAGAAAAUUAAAGGUGAAAAAACUACUUCAAUUAGUUAAACGUAAAACAAAUAAGUUUAUAAACUUAAAUCUUCUUACUUUGGCGGGAAAAUAAAACUUGAAACACUUAAAAAAAAUUACUUCAAUUGGUAGCACCUAAAACAUUUAAACAUUUUCAAACGAAUUUUUUCACUUAAGUUGAAAAAAAGUUUUUAAGUUGAUCCAACUUUUACUUUUUAUAGUGUAUAAAGAAGAGGUUUGAUGAGGUUAUAAUGUCUGGAGUAACCAUUUACAAUGUGAAAUUGUUCAUUAUGGGUGAGAAAAAAUUAGAUAUCAGUAGGAGGCCUCGUUUAACAUUAGCAAAUAAUCAUUUAAAUCCAUUAUAGUCUCUAUAUUUAUGUAUAGCUAAACAUUUUUAGGAUUUUGUACUAAAUGUGUGCAGUGUUAUUUUGUACUGGCUAAAUCACAUACAGAACCAUAGUUUCAACAAUAUCUAUCUUUUCUUUGUAAAAUAGCAUCACCGUGAACUAAAAUAUGUUGCUUCAUGGAUAAUCCAUUUUACUGUACUUUUUUCUGUUAUAAUAUAAUGCAUUGGUGUCUGUUUGAAGUGUCAGAAUACUCUUAUCUAUUCUCAUAAGGUCAAACAACAUAUAUUUAGGGAUUUGGCAGAUGCUUUUAUACAAAGCGAUUUGCAUUGCAGUAUACAUUUUUAUCAGUACUGUAUGUGUGUCCCCUAAUAUUCGAACCCAUGACCUCUACCACUGAAUGAUAUAGGAGCAUAUCCUGAGCAAUGUUGGAAUGUAAAGUAUUUUUCUCUUUAGACCUCACCUCCUUACCUUGGCGUCACUGUAUUAUAUUAAACCAAAGAAUGCAGGCAUGCAAUAUCUCCCCCUCACAUGUGCCCUGGUUCCCUGGGUCCAGGAACAAAAGACUGUGUAGGGAGGCAUUAGAUUAAAAUUUCUUUGACCGCUGGUAAAACGAGAGGGAGGACACAGAGGGAGGUUUGAGCCUUUGACCACUGAGCUGAAGAGAUCUUUCAUUUAUCAAAACUAGAGAAGUGGUCACACUGAAAUUUAUGAGAAUAAAUGUAAUUCUUUUACCGGAGUUAUGAGCAUAUACCCGCCAGAGUAGCAUGCGUCAGCCAUAAAUCAAAUAGCCAGGUUUGUGUCGAUGUUUUAAAUGACAAGUUAUAUUGAAAAACCCAGAACACCAUACACUUAAAACACAUUCACUGAGAGAAAAAAAAAGAUUACAGUGUGCUGUAAGAUAUAUCAUUCAUCUAUCCAUCAACAGCUGUCAUCGAUGCAGUCCCUUAAAGAAAUAUCAUUACCACACUCAAAAUCACUAUGAAAUAAUCCAGUAUCACAAAAUAGUUAAUGAAUACAUGAGUAGUCAGCUGCACACAUGAUUUACCAGCAAGUCAUGUUCAGUACUAAAAACAACUACAUUUCAGUUCGUAAGGAUUUUAAGCGUCCGUGUUGUACGUGUACUGUACAUUGUUUAGUAUCUUCAGUAUAAAUAAUACAUAUCACAUAUACAUUUUCUCAUGCCGCAACAUAAAUAUUCCAAUGCUGGACUUCUGCCAAUAAAAAUAGUCAACAAUAACCAAUUAAAAAGAUUCAAUGUCUGUAACUACACUUAUAACAAUAGUGGAAAUUUGAAACAACAGUCAGGUGACAUAUACAUUUAAUAUAUUACAAUAAAGCACAAACACUUUAACAAGUGUACACGUCCUCUAAAAUUUAAGGGGUACUGUUAAUACUUUGUGCUAUUUCCUUGCUAGUACUAAAGAGAUAGUAAGGUUGUAUUUGUUAACAACAUUAGUUCAUGCAUUAGCUGAGAUGAAAUAACAAUACUCUUACCUCAUUUAUUAAUCUCAGUUCAUGGCAUUUACAAAUACAUUUUUUAUAUCAAAAUGGUUAACAUUAGGUAAUGCACAUGAACAGCUACACUGGAAUUAACUAAUAUUAAUAAAUACUAAAACUAUAUUGCUUAUUGUUAGUUCAUAUUAGCCAAUGCAUGUUCACAAAUACAUCCAUAGUGUAAAGUGUUACCAAGAUAUUUUAUCUACCCUGUUGCGGUAAGGCUAAGUAACCCUGUAACAUCAAUAACCCUGAUUUUUCCUCACCUCAGACCUCUCUUUGAUUCAUUCUGUUAAAAAAAGAGAGCAAAAGUGACGUGUCUAGUGUACAUCCUACAUUAAACCUGAUGCCUUACAAUCUUAAACAACAUCAUGAACGGUGCCAAAAACCUGAACCUCUUUAUUCGAAUCGAUUUGAAGAGACACUACACUCAAAAAAAUGCUGGGUUGUUUUAAUUAAUUGUUGGGUCAAAAAUAAAAAAAAUGGGGUUAAUUUAAUCAAAACAGCUGAGUUUUUCCCUCACUAAUCCAACACUGGGUAUAAAAUAACCCAGGAUUCUUUUUAAAGUGUGCCGUAAAAAUUAAUACAGGGGCUUUGCUGCUUUUAACAUUUCAUAUUUUACUCUAUACCCUGUUCCCAGAUAUUAUACAGUUUGAUAUUAUUUAAAUUUACCUGAGAUCUAAUCAUUAAUCUUAAUGUUAAAUUAAAACAUUAGUCUUUAUUCAACAAAACUUUUAUCUCACUUGUAGUAUUGUUACUGUAUAUGACAUUAGUAUUACAUUGAGUAACCACAAAUCAAGCUGCAAUAGUUUAAUAGUUAAUCUAGUAUAUAACCAUAUCUUAGCUGCUGAAAUUUCCCAUGUUAUGUGCUGUUGACUACUGAGUCGAUGUCAAUGAAUGUGAUGUUUGUUCCUUCUGUGUUCUGUGAACCCUAACAAGACUCUCUCAAAUCUACUCUGCUUUAGAUUAUGUGUCUUUUGUUUUGUAUUGUCUUCGAAAUAUCUAAUGCACAGUCAAUACGGCUUGCUAAAAGAACUGAAUAUUUCAUUUCUAUUACAUACUUCAAUAUGUGUCUGAGAAAGUGCCAAUAGUCUGUGAAUAAAUGUACAAUAUUCCUCAGUCACGCGUGUUUGCCUCAAUGGAUAAAUAAGUGCAGGCCAGAUACAUCCAGUGCAUUUCUUCAUAGACUGUCAACUUAUUUUCUUGUGAUAAACUUGUAAACUUUAUAUGAAAUAUUGAUGCACAUCUCAUGGCAGACGUUUUGGUUUGUACUUGGUGCCGAUUCCUAUGCAAGAUGUACUUGUAAAGCAAAUGCAAAGGCAAUUCGUGAAAGGCAUUAUGUUAAUGGAGUGUAAUGUGCAUUUUACUUGUCAGUGUGAUAUCCUUGUGUGUAAGGUUGAGGUAACACCAAAACUUUUGCCAUGUGCGUACUGUAUGACUGUUAAAUAGGGCUGAGAUAACUCAUUGAAUAUUCGAUAAUAGUCAAUAAUAAUCACAACAGCGUGAGCUGCGCAGAUGCACGUCUGCACCAUACAGCGCAAGCUUGUUUACAGAGCAUUACAUGACGGUGCGAGACAGCGCGAUGAUUGACAGGACAACGCUAAGGGGCAAAGUUUGUUAAUAAAAGUUUCAUUUAAGUGACUUUAUCUUUGUUUGGACUUUAUAACCACGCAGCUCGCGCUGUUGCAGUGGGGCGGUGGGCAAAUGACGUCACAGACCAAACGAAUCGAUAAUGACAUUAUUUUCAUUAUCGAAUAUUAUUGACUAACGACGUUGAAUAUUCGAUAAGUUGUCACACCCUAUUGUUAUAAGAGAUGUUCGCCUGUUUGUGUAAUGUAUACUAAAUAGUCAACAAAAUAGUAUCUUUGCUUAAUAUCAAAUAAAAAAAAUUUCAGAUACU